AUGAUCCAGGUGACGCUGACCGUCAUGCUGUUCAUCAUCAGCUACACCUUCUACAAACUCAAUGUCUCCAUCUGUUGCACCUUCAUCCUUCUUGCUCUGUUCACCACUGAAAACACCCCCCUGAACCUGGCCUGCAUGGCGGUGGAGUGCUACAUCGCCAUCUGCCUCCCCCUUCGCCACAUGCAGAUCUGCACCGUCAAGAGGACUUUGAUGCUGAUUGGUUUAAUCUGGACGACCAGCAUGUUGUCUGUUCUCCCUGAUCUCUUCAUCACCUUGGCCACAGAACCACUGGACUUUUUUCAUACCCGAGUGUUCUGCCUCAGGGAAACUGCCUUUCGUAAUCCCCACAUUAUUAAGAAGAGGGACAUCACUUAUAUCAUCUAUCUUGUUAUAGUUUGGUUUGUUAUCUUUUACACUUACUUCAAGGUCUUGUUCACAGCAAAGACAGCUAGCAAAGAUGCUAAGAAAGCCAGAAACACAAUCCUCCUCCAUGGGUUUCAGGUGCUGCUUUGUAUGGCAACAUAUGCAGAACCCCUGUUGAAACAUGCUCUGCACCUGUGGUUCCCUAAUUAUUACACUGACUCCCUCUUUGCUACAUAA